GAAAUAUAUUCCCGAAUCAGAGGAUACUACAAAUAAAAUGCCACCUCAAAAGAAGAGAAAAAUAGAAGAAGAGAUUACUAACCUGGAUACAGUAAAAGCAACAAAAACCUGGAUGAAAGAAAUAUUUAAAAUUCAGAACAAUAGAAUUAAAGGAGACAGCCUGGAAGAAAAAGUAGCACAAAUAUUAAAAGCUCAGAAUAUGAUAACUAUAAUGACAAAAGCUCACCUUUUAGAAGAAAAUGAAGAGAAGAUAAAAUUAAAAAAAAUUAUAGGAGAUGGAGCAGUAGAUUUAUUUGGAAAAAUAGUAAUAUAUAAUCAAACACUACAAUAG